AUGCGCUCAUCCAUCAUCCUCAUCAUCGUGGCAUUCGGCCUAUUCCACAAUGCUAUGGCGCUUGCCCGCCCCAAUCAAGACCCCACUCUAUCUCUCAGCGAACUCUUUCAAAGCGCCGCCCGCUCGCAUGCUGUUCUAUAUGCCAGGGAUGUGAUUCAUGCUCUGGAGCUGACAGAACGUGCAGGCCAUCGUGCAGCCCUGGCUGCUGAUGCUCUUUCCUGGCACAUGUUUCAUUCACCUAGCGAGCUUCUUCAAGUGUUUGAUCCGCGGUUGUAUCAAACCGGCCAGGAAUCACAGCGGCUGGCCAUCGAAGUCUUCGCAGAGUCAGUCCAUCUCGUCCAGGGGUUUGCCGACACACUCGACGCCAUCCCGCCCUCGCUCACCAGAUCGCUCUCGGACCUCAAGGAGCUCGAUGCCGUGCUCAGCACGCCCCUCAACCAGCUCCACGCCGGCCUAGACCAGCUGCUCGGCUCGCUCAAGCAGCCUCAGUCGAUCACCCCCGAGGAGCGCCUGAAGCUCCUCAGGAACAUGAUGGCCGAUAUCGAGCGGUACAAGCUGGGCGCCCAGGAUAAGAUCAGAGUGGCCAACGGGACGUGUGAAUCAAGCAAGAUACCGCCGUCGAGCUUCCCGACGGGCUACCCCAAACUGACGGGCUCGCUGCGCUCCAAGCCGAUCGGCGGCGUCUGGCAGAACUCGAACCCAUCCAACCUCCAGCAGCCCAGUCCGCCGUCGAUCCCGACGCGCGAAUUCAUCAACUUCCACCAGGGAUCGCCGCGCCUCGGACCCUCGGGACUCCCGUACCAGCCAGACGACGAUCCCUCGCCGUUCAGACGAGACCACCCCCCAGCAGAGAUGGGCAGCAAACUGCUCGACCAGCACAUCUACUCCCAAUCGAUGCUCGACGCCCACCAGCGUGGGAUCCAGCCCGAUGACCACCACGGUGCUCCGCCCCGUCCUCCUGGGAAGAUGGUCGCCCCCCAACACCCGCAGCACCACAGCACGCCCAACCCACUCCACACCGCGCUGGCCGCCAAACUCAAACGGUCUUUUGGACUCGGCGAAGGUGAACCGGAGGUCGAGGUGUGGCCUCCGUUCGCUACACCGCCACCGGGGGGUCUGUCUGGCCCCAAGAAAAGAGCACGCAAGAGUAAACCGGCCGGAGGGGCAGGCAAGCAGGCCCAGGCAGCCGAAGAGCCUUCCGGCAGUUCGACGAAGCCGACGACGGAGCCGCAGGGUGCUAUCGCGUCCACCACCACCACCGAGUUCGCCUCGCCCUCCUCGCAUCCUACUAAACCGACGACGCAGGUCCCGACGGGCAGCACGAGCCGCAAGACGACGGCGAGCGGCGGGGUCCGGCAGACGACGGCAGGACCAGCGGGGAAAGCGGAGGGUAGCAAGCCGGCGGGGCCGGGGGGCGGGGCGCCUGCGAAGCGCGCAUACACCAAGCGGGCCGGGCUGGCGAGCAGCACGGGCGGGGCGCCGAAGAAGCGGGGGAACCCGGGCAAGAAGGCCGUCGUGGGCGGGGCUGGGCCGGGCGAGGGCGGGGGGCGGAAGGCGGGUGCUGGGAAGGAGGGCGGGGUGCGGCUGGAGGAGGUUGCGGAGGCGGGCGGGAAGGCGCGCCAGCGGAAGGCGGCGGCUCUCCACGAGCUGGCGGAUGGUGGGCGGGGCGAGUCGAAGACGGAGGCGGGGGCGGAGACGGAGCGGGUCGGGGGCGAGUCGGCGGGGGAGGAGGCGAGCCAGGUGCGGGGGGUGAAGCGGGGGUCGGGGGGCCCGACGCGCAAACGCAAGGAGACGGCGGAUGCGGCGGGGGCGGGGGGCGACAGCUCGUCGGAGGGCUCGACCUCGGCGAAGACGUACUGCGUGUGCAAGGGCUCGGUGUAUGGGGAGCGGAUGGUGGGGUGCGACAAUGCGGCGUGUCCGAUCGAAUGGUUCCACUACCAGUGUGCGGGGCUGACGGAGGACCCGACGGGGAACUGGUUCUGCCCGGACUGCCGGGCGCAGGGGUUUGGCAGCCCGGAGUGUGCCCGGGGGGUGGGGGAGGAGGGCGGGGUUGCGCGGUGGAUGGGCUGA